UGCACUGCUUCAAGUCAGCCGCCGAUCGGUCUUUGCGGCCAAUGGGGAAGUGACACAUGGAACAAGAGAACCAAUGACAGAACAGAACUCAGAAACACAUGAUCAUAACCAACCAAUGAGAACAUGACACAUAGCCUAAGGGAGAACAUGAGGAGCAAGGGAAGACACAAACAAGCAACAUGAAACAAACUACAAAAUAAAAGACAUGACAUCAUAAACAAGAACACAAAACCAAAACACACGUGACAACUUACAAAAUACAAUAAAAUUGUUCAGUGAAAACAUUGGAAAUCUUUUCUUUGUACUUUUGUCAGUUAAAUAGAGGUUCGAGAGAAUUAACAAAAUCACAGAUUCUUAAUUUUUUAGCAUUUUACAAAAUGUCCCAACUCUUCUGGAAUUGGGGUUGUACUUUAAAUAUAAAUUCAGAUUUACAUGAAAAGCAGAAGAAAUCUGUAUUAUUAAGUAUUAUUAUUAAUGCUUAAUUUCUGCAGGAGAAAUCCAAAACUCUGCCUAGAAUGGAAACCAGCAGGAUCAUCUCAAAUGACAAAGCAACGUUUGUCAUCCAAGUAAAUCCACAGGCGGCACAAAAUGCUGUUAUUUGUGAUGAUGGACAGGAGGCCAGAGGAGCACAUCACAAUACGGCUCUUAAGGGAUUUUUUAAAGCACAACCAAAGGCACUGGGGACUGUCCAGAUAAUGAUCGGAGUGAUGAUCUUCCUACUUGGUAUUGUACUCACCACAAAUGUCAUCCAGUUUGGUACUCUUUAUGUCAUUAGUGGAAUAACAUACUGGGGAUCUUUCAUUUAUAUCAGCGCUGGAUCUCUGUCUGUUGCUGCACAGAAUAAACUUCAUCCCUGUGUGGUGAAAGCCUCUCUUGGAAUGAAUGUGAUCAGUGCCAUAACUUCAGCGAUAGCCGUUCUUCUGAUGGGCAUACAGAUAGGAGUCGAUCCAAGGGGAUAUCCAAGUUGCUACGAUUCAUAUAGUGACUCUGAAAGUGACUUCUGUAUAUAUUUUGAGGUACUAAAUGUACAAUGUCUGAUAUCUUGUUUUAAUGUUCAUUAAUCACCCAAAAAAAUUAAAAUUCUGCCAUAAUUUACUUUCAAAUCUAAUCAUUGAAAAUCGUGACAUCCUUAAACUUCAGUUUGUUCCCCACACAAAGCUAUCGAUGUCACGUUCGGUUGAAUAAGAUGUGAGAAAAAAUCUAUUCACAGCAGUGUGGAUCUUUAUUUAAAAAAAAAAAAAAAAAAAAACAACCCCCAGAACAUGAGACG